AUGCGCCGUUCAAUGUCUCUCUCACUCUACGGCUUUCUAUGGAGCUGGCUCCUACAUUCGCUGGUGCAUUGUCAAAUCCUCUCGAAUCUUGUUCAGCUUGAGGCCCCGGGAAACUUUUCCGCGUCUUGCAGUGCCACCUUUAACCAGAGCAUUGCAUGUAGUCUCUCCCUCUCUCGAGUCGCAUCAGGAUCCCUUGUCCCUACCUCGAACGAUCUCCCAAAGAUCUGCACUGAUGCCUGUUUGAGCGAUCUGAAGAGCUUACGGACAAGGCAGGUCAAGGUUUGUAAUGGCUCAGACGUGGCGGUUAUCGAAGGGUUGGCGUAUCCUGCAACGUAUACCACAGAUCUUCUCUUGUUUACCUACAACUACACGUGCAUAAAGAAUGCGACUGCGAGCGAUUACUGCUUUCCAGACUUCUGGGAGUGGAAUAAUGAUACAACAGCCGCGACCUCUGCUCAGCUAUGUUCAGACUGCAAUCUGCGAAUCCAGCAGGCCCAGCUACAAUCGCCAUUCGGAUAUGACGAUGAUGCGGCCAGCGAUUACGCAUCACUGACAACCUCGACAAUGAAACUCGCUUCCGCCAUAGUUACUACUGCUACUACUGCUACACCUUCCUGCAAGUCAAUAUAUACCAUCAAGAAGAACGACACUUGCAGAUCCGUCAGCGAGUCUCAAAAGGUGGCCACAUUCCAUCUCAUGCAAGCCAAUAACCUGCCCGGAUACUGUUCGCAAUUUCCGCCGGCCGGAUCAGACUUGUGCAUCCCCCAGAGCUGCAAUCUUUAUACAGUGGCAAGUAAUGACACUUGCUACGGAAUUGCGCAAGCUCAUAAUGGGACGUUCUCUGCCACGCAAUUGAUCUCUUGGAAUCCCAACAUUAACCGGCAGUGCUCAAACCUGAACCAGAUUGCUGGAUAUCAAAUCUGUGUAAGCUUCCCAGGGCCACCAAGUGUCGUUGCAACAGGAAGUGAGUCCAUCACAACUCCAGUCGCAGCAAUCCCUACAAACCUGGCUAAAAAUACAACAACGAAUUACGGCGAUAGUUGCGCAAGCAUAUCCAUGGCCAUGGGCAUUUCCCUUGGAGACUUCUACUUCCUAAACCCCAUGAUAAACAGCACAUGUGGUAAUCUAUGGCUUGAUACAUACUACUGCGUCGAAGCCGUAGGCAACAUUGCUACAUAUUCCAACUAUAAUCAAACUACGCAUCCCUUCACUUGGCCUGCGGUUGGCCAAGCUAGGACGAAGACCACCGCUCCCUUCCCGAAAGCGACAUUGAUGAAAGAUCUGCCUUUGGCACCUGGAACUCAAGAUUGUGGCAGCUUUACUCAGUACUAUAAUUCUUCGCGUUCCAACAGCAACCAGUGUGGCAUGGUAGCGUGGGUCUUUACACUCAAGGUUACCGACUUUGUUGCAUGGAAUCCGUCUCUCUCGUACAACGCGACCAACCCAUCUACCUGUGUUCUUUUGCCAGGCUACCGCUAUUGCAUCGGGGGGCAUUCACCCACAAGUAUGAGAGCAACCAGCACUUUCCACGCAGGUGGUAUCAGUAGGUUCACCACUCGAACUAUUAGCGUGUCGACUUCUCCAACUUUCACGUACUCUCCCAAUGGUUCGUGUGGUGGCAAAAAGAGCGAGUAA